ACUCUAUACAUACCAGACUUAUAGAAGUGGAUUCAGGUUUCACUGACCCCGACUUCCCAACUUUAAAACAGCUAGAAUAACAAAUGUAAAAGUGUUAGGCAGAGACUGUCGAUAUGUUUGUUGAUUCAAUACCUUGAAAGAUUUGACAUGGCUACUUUCAUCAUUGUGAUCAUUCUUUAUUGUGUCGCAAGAAGUUCACAAGUGCCUAUUAGAGAUGACAGAACUAGGGACUUGCAUUUUAUGAGAGGAGACAAUAAUGGAAGUGAAGACUUUCCACCUAGAGAGGUCAUUGACAGCCACCGACCUUCAGAUAUCUUUGGGCAUCUAAACAUACCUGGAAAUGAGAACACAGAGGAGUACAUUAUGAUUCGGAAGGCUGCCAAGGCCAUCGUGAGAAGGUUGUCCCUUCCCUCCCCUCCUAAGUUACAAAUUCUGGUCGACCGAGCUGCACACUAUGUCUUGAAAAACAACCUCGAAUCCGAGUACGCCAAGGUCAAAUCUGGAAUUCAUGAACUUGUGACGAUGUACCUUAAUUCAGAGAAAGUUAAACCCAUCCAUCCAAGUCCUACCGCAAGGCAAAAUAUCCUGCCGCAUGAGCCACAACGUGAGGAAAAGACCGAAGACGUGAUCGCUGUCCUGGAAGAUAUGCUGGAAGAAAUCGCCUUUCGAUUCAACUUGACUACGCGACAAUCUAAGCAGAUGAUCCACGCCAGUGUAAAAGUCCUGUCAGGAGAGCUUAACCUUACCCCGCACCAGCGAAAGGGCCUGAGCGAGAGGGUGACGUCACACGUGAGAGCGAGGCUGGAGUUAGAGGAUGAAGACAACAGGGACGCUCGCCUAAGAAGACUGGAAGAACUCGUGGAGGGAGACAUGGAGAAGUACCAUCUGUCUGCCCUCAAGUUGCGCCGACUCGAGGCUCUCAAGGUUGAAGAAGAAGCUAUUAAAGAAAACCUCUCAAAGGCUGAGAAAAUGCGCAUGCUCAAGCGGAUGUACACUGACGUGGUGAAUGACUUGCAAGAGCAGGUUAAAGAAGCCAAACCGCAAAGCCGUCCCGUGUUCAGUAAGCAAAGCGUUUCAGCGAUUUUGCAAGCGCUAAAUUCGAAGGCAGCCAUCAGAAAGCUGACGGAUCACGAGGUACUUGUACUCAAAAAAGUAAUCAUAGCAGCUCUGAUAGAAAUCGGGAACUUGACCGAUCUGACUCACUCUACGAAAGAACCAGUGGCGAACCUCACGUCGAGCUCGCACGCGGCCACCACAGCAGUCCCAUCGACACCUUCGAUAUCAAGUCAUGUGACUGCACAUACCAACCUCGUAACAACACGUGGUGAACACGUAACUACACGCGGUGAACACGUGACUACACAUGGUGAACACGUGACUAUGCGUGGUGAACAAGUGACUAAACAUGGUGAAUACGUGACUACACGUGGUGACCACGUGACUAUGCGUGGUGAACAAGUGACUAAACAUGGUGAAUACGUGACUACACGUGGUGACCACGUGACUAUGCGUGGUGAACACCCCACUACACCUGCAUCCUCGGUGACUACUGAAGACAAGUAUUUACUUCAAAUGCUAGCUGUGGGAGAACAAGGGCUUGCAAACAGAGGGACAGUACCACAAUCUACACUGAUAACCACGCCCAUCCCAUCUCAGAAUUACACGGCGCCAGUGCCACCGAACCACGAGGAACAAGCAGCAGCGACAGGGGAAGAAGUUAUGCAGUUGAGAUUCACAAAACUCCCCGAACACAUGACGAAGACUGACGAGCUGAUGAAUGGACAAAGUACAAAGGCGGUUGAGCUCCCUACCGAGAGAGUGACCGAUAGGCCCGAACACACAACCGGAAGUUUAUCGGUGGCCGAACACGAGACGAGCUCAUUAAUGCGUUCAACCAUGGCACCCGAACUUUCUACCGAGAGGUUAUCAACGCCCGAGCAUUCAACAUUGAUGCCCGAAAAUACUCCGAACCUAUCCAAACCUAUAACCGAAAUGUUAACGAAGCCCGAUGAAUCGACGGGUCCAACAGUUCGUUUGAGUAUGUCAAACAAGCAUAAAGAAGCGCAUAAAACAGAAACACAUGAGCUCCCAACCGAUUCCGAGAAAGAGGAGAAUGUAUUUCCUACAGUGGCAUUCGCUCAACAUGCACAAGACGAAGAACUGGAUAGGCAACUGAAUGUCAACAAUCAAAUAAACGCCAAAAACAACGACGAAAAGGAUUUAGAAAAAGAGUUAGAAAUAGCCCAGGAGCUUCAAAUAGAAUUAAAAAGUGAUAGAAAUAAAAGGCUCUCGCAUUCAAAGAAAAGAGUCCUGAAGACUAUGGCAAACCGCGAGCAACCUGGCCUCGAAAACGACUUAUUUAAUGCUGUACAGAGCAACCAGAACCUCGAGUCCACAUUGCGUGAUGUAACGGGUCACGGUGACAUUACACGGGGUCAGGACAAUUCCUCAUUUGGCAUGACACCAGACCGUGACUCGUCCCAAAAUGGUGUGACAGGGCACCGUUACAACUCUCGACUGAAUGAGGAAAGAUUGCUCGAAUAUGAAUUACAUAGUGUUGUACCAAAUAAGAUGCCAGAUCGUGGGUCUUUCUUGCGUGACAUGGAGGGGGGCCGUGACGCAUCCCGGCGUGACACCGCUUAGGGCUCACGUGAUGGAAUCUUGAUAACUAGCAGAAGCGAGUGCCUUGUGUAAUAUUACAAUAAUACAUAAAUUAAAUGUUAAAAUAGUUUUUGAAAUAAAAUAUUUUAUCUUA